AUUGGACAAUUCAUAAGUUUUCUAAUGGAGUUUUUGUGCCAUAAAAGUGCUAUUAGAGACAUUCCCAUUGUGCUUACAGCAUUGUAGCCUUGUAAAUCACUCUUAUUCCUCUCACUGAGAUCUGAAACUGUCAGAACACAGAGAGGAUAAGGAGUCGUGUCCAUGAAGUGAAGGCAUUUCUCUCUCCUCCACUCCACUUUUCCUCCCACCUUCAUGCUUUUAGGGGAAGUCGGUCAGCUGACUGUCUGUAGCUGUCAAGACUGUGUAUCGUGCAGCCUCCUCCUCUUGUUUUCCCUCCUCCUCCUCCUCCUCCUCCUCUUCCUCUAUUUCAGCUGCAGAGUCCCGCUCCCAUUGGAGAGCUGCUGCGCUCCGGAUCCAGCCUCUUUCUGCACGACGUCACGGUGCGCUAUAAGGAUAAAGCUGCGGCUGGCUCCGAGCGCAGUCUGCUGGAUACCAGAAGCCGGAGAGCGUGAAGAGAGGCGAGCCUUGAAAUCUCUGCGGUGCAGAGCUGGAAAAGCUACGUCUCAGCGAAAAAAAAUCACACGUCCUAUUAUUUACUCAUUCGCUCCUAUUAUUUUUCCUGGAGAAAAAAAAAAAAAGGACUUAUUUCAACCCAAGAAGUCGCGACGAGGACUGGUGCCUAUGUGUCAGCGACGUGGUAUUUCCUUUUAUUAUUGUUAUUUAUCUUUGUGUGUGUGUGUGUGUAUUUGAAUACACUUCUACUGAAAGGGGACUGAGGUUUUUUACUUUUUUUUUUUUGCACUGCAUUGCUCUCUACCUGUGCCAGAUUACCCCAGCAGAAGAAGUAGGCUAUAUGACGCAAACCGUGUGCAGAGAACAUUAGUGUGAAAGUUUUUCUCGCACUUUUUUUUUUUUUUCAUUUUUCCUUUUUUCUUUUUUUUUUCUCUUCACACCGACCACACUUGGUGGUGUUUCAUGCUACAGCAAGUCUGUGCAGAGCGCUGGACUCGCCGAAAAGAACUAUUGCAUGAAACAAGAAAGGAGAGAAGAGACGCUUAUUAAUAAGAAGAAGAAGAAGAAGUCAGUUUUUGCAACGCUCGCUGCAAGCACCUUUCUGCACCAUCUGCAAAAGAGUAGCAGCAGCAGCAGCAUGAGUGCGGCGGAGAUGAGCAUGGGCGGCCCGGAGCUACCCAGCAGCCCUCUGGCUCUGGAAUAUGUCAACGACUUUGACCUGAUGAAGUUUGACGUGAAGAAGGAAGGCCUGGCCGGACUGGAGCGCAACGCGGUGCGUCAGUGCAACCGCCUGCAACCCCACCAGCAGGGCUCCGUCUCCUCCACCCCCAUCAGCACGCCCUGCAGCUCGGUGCCCUCCUCGCCCAGCUUCAGCCCUACAGAGCAGAAGAGCCACUUGGAGGAGCUCUACUGGAUGCCCAACAACACCGGGUACCACCACCAGCAGCAGCAGCAGCAGCACCACCACCAGCAGAUCGAUCCGCAGACGCUGAGUUUGACCCCGGAGGAUGCAGUGGAGGCCCUCAUCGGACAUCCUCCACAACCUCCGCACGUCCAGCAGCAGCUGCAAGUAGGCGGCUUUGAGAGCGGCUACAGGGCGCAGCAUCAUCACCAUAACAACCACGGUCAGCAGCAUCAUCACGCGUACAUCCCGCACCAUGCAGACGAGCUGGGUGGACACAACCACGCACACAGCCAGCAGCAUCACCACCACCCUCACAGCCAGGACCCAGACAGCCCGUCUCCAGUGUCCCCAGACGACCUCCAUCAUCACCACCGCCAUCACCACCACAGCCACCACCACAUGAGCCAGUCCUCCGGCGGCAUCAACGUGGAGGACCGCUUCUCCGACGACCAGCUGGUGUCCAUGUCGGUGCGGGAGCUCAACAGACACCUGCGGGGCUUCACCAAGGACGAGGUGAUCCGCCUCAAGCAGAAGAGGAGGACCCUGAAGAACCGCGGGUACGCACAGUCCUGUCGGUACAAGCGGGUGCAGCAGAAGCACGUGUUGGAGAACGAGAAGACGCAGCUGAUCAACCAGGUGGAGCAGCUGAAGGCGGAGAUCAGCCGGCUGGCGAGGGAGAGGGACGCCUACAAACUCAAGUGCGAGAAACUGGCGGGGUCAGGGGUCAAUAAUAAUAAUAAUAAUAACGGGUUCCGCGAGGCCGGAUCCACCAGUGACACCCCUUCAUCACCAGAGUUUUUCAUGUGAGUUGUCAUUUUUUUCUUGUGAACAUCACAACAAACUUUUCCCCCCUCAUCCCAAAUUUCCUUUCUCUCCACAAAAAGACUGAUGAACAAAACUGAUAAUAAUCCACCAAACCUCCCAUCAUACUGUUUAUGAUUAUACUAAUAAUAACAAUUAUAUUCAUAUUAGAAGAAUAAUCCAUCGAAUAGUAUUCUCAUAUAUAACCAUCCUCUCUCCAUCCAUCCACAACUGAGAUACAAAGAAGAGUAGAGAGAGAGAGAGAGAGAGAGUCAGCAGCAUCUUUGUAGAUUAGUUGCUUGUAGUGUGAAGAGACUUUUUUUUUUUUCUUCAACUUGAAGAGGAUCUGGCUGAUGAACUUUUUCCUUUUUCUUCCUUUUUUUGAGGCUUUGAAAUAAUCUGUAAAAGGAGUGUGGGAUCUUUGUAAUUCUGUUCUCCUAAAAAAAUGAUGACAUUGUUAUGGAACAACAACAACAACAACAACAACAAAGCAGGUUUGGCCUCUGCAGCCUGCAACAAACACACGCGAGACUCCCAUAAAACAAGUGGGCGCGUAAUCUGAGAAAAAUCUCCACUUUAUGCAAAAUUUAACUUCUGUCUAACUAACCCGUCACUGGGGAAAGGGGGACGUUUUAUGCAACAUCUCAUUGAUUUUAUUGCCUGCUUGGUUAUAUUCGAAUAUAUAUUGAAACAAAAAAUCUGCAUUAAAUAUUAAUCCUGCAUGCUGGACAUGUACGGUAAUAAUUUCUAUUUUGUACUUUCAUCUUCUCGUGUAUAUUAAGAGCAUGUUGUUGAUCUGCGCUUCUCCAUAGUUUUUUGGGGGGGAUUUUAGAGAACAGCAGGACUGCUGGUGCAGUAUCAUGUGGUGUGGGUUUUUUUUUUCUUUUUGGGCUUGUAAAUAUUAUGCAACCGCAAAACUGCACAACAAGAUUGAGGAGGCUGGUUUGAACUUCUUUCUUUCUUUGUGUUGUGUUUUUUUAUUUCAUUUAUUUUUAUGAUUUUUUUUUUUUUUUUAUCAUGUGGGGUAUUGAUUGAGAGGAGGAGGAGGAGUGCAUUUUUUUCUGUUGCAUUUAAAUACAACAAACUUUGUGUGUCAAGUGCACUUUUUUUGGAUGAUGAUUUUUUGCAAGUUUUCAUUUUGAAGUUUGUGCACACCUCCCUCCAGGAAGACAUACUAUGAUACUAUAUAUAUAUAUUGUGAUAUUAUUCAGCUCAAGCAGCCUGUAUACGUGCAAAAGUUUCAGAGUGAUAUUUGGACACAUGUUCUGCAAACAUGUGGCCACAAUAUUAUUGGAGCCAGAUUGCACAGAAUAUAGUUGCAUUAAGGCGAGGUUACACGUUUUCCACACACACACACACACACACACGCACACACGAUGUGGGUUAAUGCUCUCUGUCAGUGUGAUCCAACGUGGCUUUUGUGCCACUAAUUCAGAAAAGUGCUGUUCUGCCUUUUUAUUAACUCUUUAACAAACCACAUCAAACCCAACACACAACCUCUCAUUCCGAUUGGCGGCCACCUGUAGCAUAUUAUCACUGAUAUUUCUAUUUUUAACAAUAUUUAAAAAACAUGUCAGGGGUUUUCUGUAGAGUUAAUAUUUAGAUAUAGCGGGAGCAUUUUAAUACAAAAGUCUUACUAUUACUGUUCUAUGUUUUCCUUCAUUUUUUUCUGCCGGUCAGUAAAAAAGGGGAUUCAGGUUGUGCAAAUUCUCAAAAUGAAAACAAUGUUUAUGUUAUGUAAUACGUUUAUUUUGUGUCUUGUUUUAUUAUUAUUUGAUGAUUCUGGUUCUGCUGGCCAGAUGCAUAGUUAAAGUUUUUAUUUUAAUGAUUUAAAUUAACAAACUUGUCAGAUCAUAUCGAAUAAGCAUGGUGCUUGCAUUUUGAAACUAUUGUUGAAAAGUCAUGCAUUUAACAAUCUUUUGGUUUAUUACUGAUUCAACUGUGUUGAAAUCGAACUGAAAAAUGCAGCAGCGGGUUGUUGUUAUAGUUUUCACCAUAUUUCCAUGUACUUUGCGAUGAUGGGGAUCAAUUUUCAAUCCUGUUUAUAUAAAUAAUAGUUAAAAAAAAAACACUUAAAUUUGAACUGUUCCAUUCAGGCUGGUUUCUGUUUUGUCUUAUUUUUGGUUGUUUUUGGAAGAAAUUGUUUCCUAUUUUGCUUAUUAAAGUCAUUGAAAUGGCAAUAA